AUGCAGCCCAUUUGGACACCUUUAUUCGUCCUAUUAUCCAUCUUCAUUCUUCUCGUCUAUCAGACGAUAUCACUCUUGCUUCAAAUCGGUCUUUCUUAUGAUGAUUUCCGACUUUUCCAUAUGAAAUCUGCACGGUUUACCAAGACACAAUGGCUCCUACUAUUCCUGUUUCACACUUUGUUGAGUGUUGGCUGCUAUGGACUCUUUUGUAUUGAUGCUAACAUCCUUGAGACAGAUGGACUAAUCGACAAUUUUCAUUUCAUUCGAUAUGUUUCUAUUGCUAUUAAUCUACUUUCAAUGCCCAUGACUUAUCAUUUUCUACUCGCUUGGAAUUCUGAGAAACUGGAUUUUGUUGGAAUUCAUCCGGAGACAAAAUUGCAUUGGAAAGGAGUUAUGAGAAAGAUGGAAGAUGGGAAAUGGGAAGUCGAUCAGUCUCCAGAAGAUCAUGAUUUGUGUGUUGUCUGA